CGCAUCCAUUUCCUAGAAACUACGAUUCCUUGCUCUCUCUAGAGAGAGGGAGUAAGGUUCAUUUGAGCCUCCAUUUUCUGGCCUAAUCACCUAUAAAUACCUGAACUUUGAGAGUCUUUUCUGAAUUGUCCAGUUCUGUCAAAAAUUGCACAAUAAUCACCGUUCUUUCAUUUUGUUUUCUAUUUUGGAAUUCUGACGAUGUUUAGUGAUAAAUCCGGCUAGUGUUUGCAUAUAUGGCACCAGAGCUAUUCGAAAUGACACCGCUUUGAGUAAGACCAGGAGCUUCAGAUGGUGGAGUAGAGAUAAUAGGAGGAGGAACAAAUGAAGCAGGCGAAAAUGUAGGAGGCGAUAGCAGAGAGACUCAAUGAUGGUCGAAGAAGGAGCAGUCACUGGUGAAGCCACCAGCGAUGGAAGUCCGAAAAUCACAGGUAGUUCCUUUUUAUGAUUUUUCUCUUCCCUUCAUUUUAUUUCUCUUUCUCUGCCGUACUUAGCAGCAAGACAUCCUCUUCCAAAUGAAAGAAACGAAAAUAGAGCCAUUCAGUCCAAUACCCAAUCCAAUCCUACUUACCACAAGAACUAUCCUCAACACAAUCCUUGAAUCCCUCACAUUUUCUACUUUCCGUGCAGUGAAACUCUAUCGGAUUGCCACUGAUACUAGCUGAUUGACAUGCCAAAGACCUCAUUGUUUAACUCCAAUUCUCAAGCACAAAUCUUCAUCUUGAUCUUUCCUCACCUUAUUCAAAUAAUUCAACACGUUCUCUGUCAUUGAAAUCGACAAUGCAAUUAUCUCACUCGCUGGUGUUGCUGCUGCACCGACUAGAAAUCAACAAAUAAAUUUUAAAAACAGUAACCUAAAUCGGUAAAAUAAAAUUGAAUUUACUAAGAGAGGAAACCGAUGACCAAACGGAGAGGAGCGAUGCACGGUUAAGAUUUAAACUGUAGAAUCAGUGAGAAACAGAAUUUAGAGGUGAAAAUGAUGAUGUAUUGUGUCGAUUAGGCAAGCGAAGAAGAGGAGUUAUGAUGGUUGCAGAGAGCGCCAUCGUUUAGAAAGGAAAGCAAGGUAGAAUCAAUGACUUUCUCCCAAAUAUUUUCUUGCUUUUCUGUCGCUUGUUUAUGUGUUCAAGGAAAAGUUUUGAUUUUUACUCAAAAACUCACCGUUUUUAUCAAUUCUCCAUGUAAAUAAUUCAUUUUGCUGACAUGGCUUUCUUUUUCUGUCUUAAGUUGCUCAGGUACCACGUAUGUGUACUGUAACUGAAUUUUUCUUUUAAAUUUGUCGGGAUCCCAUGAUAGAAAAAAUUAUGUAAGAAUAGUAAUUGUUGUGAUAAAUCUAAAAGAAUUGGAUAAUUUAGAAAAAAACUCAAAAUAUAAGGACUUUUAGGUAAUUAGGCUCAUUUUUGGUCAUUAAAGUCCAUUCAUCUUUUUGGCACUUCAAUAUUGGACAAAACUUCUGAUUCUAGAUUUGUAAUUUUGACGUUGUUGAGUGUGUAAAAAGUCACUCUUUUUAAAGGAUUGAAAAAUUCAAUAAUCAGCUAAGCAAUAUGAUAAAUUGGCUGAAAGCGGUAAAAAAAAGGGGUCAAAAUUGAACCUUGUCCUCUGUAUAUGUUUCUCCCGCAACUUCGUCUUCUUUUCUGUGUCUGCGAUUCAGACUUCCAUUGCUUUGCUUUUCACUUCAAACUUAAACAGGUGAACAAAGAAAUACUGCUAGUGUAAGUAUGGUUUCAAUUUGCUCAAAAUUGGGGUUUGAUAGUUGUAAUUAACAGUUUUAUCAUAUCUUUUUUGGACCUAUUUGGUAUAUUAUUUUGCAAUUAUUUUUAUGAAAUCUGAAUAAUUGUUUUCUAGGAUUAUACAUGUAAGAUUAUUCAUAAUCAGUUCGUUGACUGUAUAACUUUCUUAAUUUGUCUGUGGUGCUCUCUUUACAUUUCUCUCUUACGAGGAGGGAGCAAUGGAAACUAAGUGGUGGCUCUUGUUCUGGUUCUUAUUCUGGUCCUUCAACCCAGCCUGUUGCUCGCAAAAUGAGACUGAUCGACUUGCUUUGAUAUCUUUCAAAGAAUCAAUCCUACGAGAUCCAUUUGGCGUCUUGAAUUCCUGGAAUGAUUCUGUGCACUUCUGUGAUUGGUAUGGCGUUACAUGUAGUCGAGAGCAUCCUGACAGGGUCAUAGCCUUAAACCUAAGAUCACAAGCCUUGGUAGGCUCACUCUCUUCUCAUAUAGGAAAUCUAUCCCUUCUCAGGUACAUCAAUUUCAGAAACAAUAGCCUCCAUCACCAUAUUCCACAAGAAAUUGGUCAUUUGCGCCACUUACGAUGUAUUAUUUUGAGCAGCAAUUCACUACAAGGUCCUAUCCCAAUCUCAUUGUCGAACGCUUCCAAGCUUGAAGAAAUAGCUUCUUCCAACAACCAUCUUACGGGAUUGAUUCCAAGAGAUCUUGGAAAGCUACUACAUCUUCGAGUUGUAGAAUUUCACUUUAAUCAGCUUGAAGAUGACUUGAGUUUCAUUGAUUCUCUAACGAAUUGCUCCAUGUUAAGCAUUAUUGGUUUACGUUCUAAUUUUCUCAGGGGGUCUAUUCCUAUGUCCAUAGCCAAUCUGUCAAAACAAAUGCAGGUUAUGGAUCUGGCACAAAAUGAAUUGCAUGGUACAAUUCCCAUGGCUGUUGAAAACCUUUCUAAUUUGCGACAUUUUCUAUUGGAAAUGAAUCACCUCACGGGUCCUAUUCUUAUUAAUUUUGACAAAUUUCAAAGGUUAGAAGUUUUGUCUUUGUUCCAGAACAAAAUCGCAGGAACUAUACCAUCUUCACUUGGUAAUUUAUCUAUGUUGAGUUCACUCUACAUGCACUUCAACAAUCUAAAUGGAAGCAUACCUCCAAGUCUUGGCAGUUGCAAGAACUUGAUUGAGUUAGAUCUCUCUCAUAAUAGUCUCACUGGUUCAAUACCCAAACAGGUUAUUGGCCUUUCCUCACUUUCAGUUUCCCUCAGUUUAGCUGGUAAUGCACUCUCUGGUCAUAUUCCAUCAGAAGUUGGUUUGCUGCAUAAUCUAGCAAAAUUGGAUUUAUCUAAUAAUAGAUUAUCUGGUAUGAUUCCAAACUCUAUUUGCAAGUGUUCAAGUUUAGAACAACUGUACCUUCAAGGUAAUUCAUUUGAAGGACAGAUACCUCAAGAUUUAAAUGCUUUACAAGGUUUACAACAGCUGGAUAUUUCGCAAAACAAUUUUUCAGGGCUGAUCCCAGAAUCAUUAGCUGAUCUUAACCGCUUGUAUUACUUGAAUUUGUCUUUUAAUCAGCUUCAUGGGGAGGUUCCAGAACAUGGAGUCUUUCUAAGUGGAAGUGCUGUUUCAUUGUCAAGAAAUAAUGGUCUCUGUGGAGGCAUUGCAGAAAUGAAGAUUCACUCCUGCCUCUCACCAAACUUCAAUAAAAAUAACAUCUCCUUGGCAAUGAAAGUCACGAUUCCACUGGUGGCUGUGGUAGUAUUUGUGGUUUUUUUCUUAACUUGUUGGUAUAAGAAAAGAAAUAUGAAGAACAUUUUUGUCCCAUCAGUUGAUCGCCAAUAUCGAAGAAUAUCCUAUGAGCAACUCCUUGAAUCCACUAAUGGAUUCUCUAAGGCCAACAUAAUUGGUAUUGGUGGUUUUGGCUCUGUUUAUAAAGGAACUCUUCAGCAAGUAGGGAUGGAAGUUGCAAUAAAAGUAUUAAACAUGGAACGGAGAGGAGCUUAUAAAAGUUUCAUUGCAGAAUGCCAAACUCUUGGAAGCAUUAGGCACCGCAAUAUCCUGAAGCUAGUGAGUAUCUGCUCAAUAGAAUCUGAAGGCAAGUAUUUCAAAGCUCUUAUAUAUGAAUUCAUGGCCAAUGGAAGCUUGGAGAGAUGGUUGCAUACUAGUGGCAGAGAGAAGGAUAGAAAACAAAGAGAAUCAGGAAAUCUGAACCUCCGACAAAGACUUAAAAUUGCUGUUGAUAUUGCUCAUGCAAUUGACUAUCUUCAUAAUGGCAGCCCAUCAACAAUUAUACAUGGAGAUCUAAAGCCUAGUAAUAUUCUUUUGGAUGAGGAGAUGACUGCUCAUGUUGGGGAUUUUGGUCUUGCCGUGAUUGGCUCUUCAAUUCCCAUUGAGACUCAACCACAUGGAGUUAGAGGUACUGUUGGCUAUAUUGCUCCAGAGUAUGGCACGAGUGGCUCAGUUUCAAGAGAGGGAGAUGUAUAUAGCUAUGGGGUUUUGUUACUAGAGAUGUUGACAGGAAAGAAACCAACUGAUGAGUCUUUUAAAGACGAUCUGGACCUUCAUACUUAUGUUAAAAGAUCUUUUCAUAACAGAGUGAUGAAUAUUGUGGAUGCCAGGAUUCUAGCCGAGGACUGCAUUAUACCUGCUCUAAGAAAGGACUGGAUUAUAUCUGCUCUAGAAAUUGGAGUUGUAUGUUCAAUGAAGCAUCCGAGAGAUAGAAUGGAGAUAAGAGAUGUGAUAAAAAUAUUCCCAAACGUCAAUGUAUUAACAGUUCCAGUAUAAUACACAUCAAGCAUACACCUUUUUCUCUGUAAAAGUAAGUAACAGAUAAGGCCAAUUUACGUAUCAUACCUUAAAAACUGAGUUUAAAUUGGUAGAACGUCAUCUACUUAACUGUUACCAUAUACAGUCGAUUAAUAUUUGAUAUUAUUCAAAUUUUUUAAUAAAUACUUUAUUUAAGUUGUUCGAGUGA